AUGGGCAGCCCUGUAAGCCCUAUCGUCGCUAAUCUUUGCAUGGAGGUAGUUGAAGAAUUAGCCAUCAAUACCUCUACAGUUGCACCAAGGGUUUGGAAACGAUAUGUUGACGACAGCUUUGUUAUCAUCAAGAACGAUGCUGUCUCCUCCUUCCAUGACGCCUUAAACUCCAUUGAUCCCAAAAUCGCUUUUACUAUCGAAGAAGAAAACAAUGGUCAAAUCUCUUUCCUGGACACGCUUGUUUCCAGGAAAAAUGGUGUUACUAGCAUUGAUGUUUACAGGAAGCCGACACACACAGAUAGAUAUCUGGAUUUUUCUUCACAUCAUGAAUUAAAACAUUAA